AGAAGAGGAACGCGGAAGCACCUGUAACAACAGUCACCGUUUUAUCUGCGAGGUUCUUCUCAUUAAUCCACCGGAACCGGACUCGUCCUGUUCCACGAACCGAGCCUGUUCAGAAACUGGCGAUGAAAUGUUUUCCCUGAAGACUUUUCUUCUGUGUGAGUCUGCGUCUGUGCAGCGACUGUUUUCCACCAACACCUUACCUGUGUUCACUCUCUUUACCAAGGAUCCAUGUUCUCUCUGUGAUGAAGCGAAAGAAGAGCUGGAACCUUUCAAACACAGAUUUGUCCUGCAGCAGGUGGACAUCAGUCUUCCAGAGAACAAGGUGUGGUUGGACAGGUACCGGUGGGACAUACCCGUCUUCCACCUGAACGGACAGUUUGUGAUGAAACAUCGAGUGGACGUCCCUCUGCUGGACAGACUGCUGCGGGACGCGGAGACACAACAGACAUGAUCUUGUUAUAACUAUUGUUCAGAAUGUAAAUAUAACAAAAGAAACAAUGAAUGAAUCAACGUCUUUGUUUAAGAAUUGUUCUCAAUGUCCACAACGUGAUGUCGGCGGCAGAAAAUAAAACUAGUUAAAAAA